GGGGCGGUGCGGCGCGGCGCUUGCGCAGUAGGCGCGGCUGGGGAAUUCAUGUGGAGGUCAGAGUGGGAGCAGGCGUGAGUGGGGCCAGCAGAAGGAAACAUGGCUGCGAAAGUGUUUGAAUCCAUCGGCAAGUUCGGCCUGGCCUUGGCCGUGGCAGGAGGCGUGGUGAACUCUGCCUUAUACAAUGUGGACGCCGGGCACAGAGCGGUCAUCUUCGACCGAUUCCGUGGCGUGCAGGACAUUGUGGUGGGCGAAGGCACUCACUUUCUCAUCCCGUGGGUACAGAAACCCAUCAUCUUUGAAUGCCGCUCUCGACCCCGUAACGUCCCGGUCAUCACUGGCAGCAAAGAUUUGCAGAAUGUCAACAUAACCCUGCGCAUCCUCUUCCGGCCCGUCGCCAGCCAGCUGCCCCGCAUCUUCACCAGCAUCGGUGAGGAUUAUGAUGAGCGCGUGCUGCCGUCCAUCACCACUGAGAUCCUCAAGUCCGUGGUGGCUCGCUUCGAUGCCGGUGAGCUGAUCACGCAGAGAGAGCUGGUCUCCAGGCAGGUGAGCGACGACCUCACGGAGCGGGCAGCCACCUUCGGCCUCAUCCUGGAUGAUGUAUCCUUGACGCAUCUGACCUUCGGCAAGGAGUUCACAGAAGCCGUGGAAGCCAAACAGGUGGCUCAGCAGGAAGCGGAGAGGGCCAGAUUCGUGGUGGAAAAGGCCGAGCAGCAGAAGAAGGCGGCCAUCAUCUCUGCAGAAGGCGACUCCAAGGCAGCCGAGCUAAUCGCCAACUCACUGGCCACUGCGGGCGACGGCCUGAUCGAGCUGCGCAAGCUGGAAGCCGCCGAGGACAUCGCGUACCAGCUGUCCCGCUCACGCAACAUCACCUACCUGCCGGCGGGUCAGUCGGUGCUCCUGCAGCUGCCGCAGUGAGCCAGCCCCGCGCCCCGAAGAAACGCAGGCACGCACGGCGCCUUCUUCCGUCCCCCCAGAAAUGAAUCACUGUGACAUUUCAUGAUUGAGCUAGAGUGACAGAAAUAAAAGCAAAAUCACUUCCACC